AUGUCCAAUAGUUCAGACUUUCAAGAUUACAACAACGAGUCCCUACAAUGGGUUACACAUCAAGAUGGACUCACCUACGUUAUGACACCGACGGGGGAAACAAUUGCAGCUGUUUCCUGGCUCCAGAUAGCGGAUGCAAAGCACGACAGAAUGGGAUUGGGAGAAAGUGCAAACAAGGCCAUAUGCUCCAAAUGCUAUGAUGAAGGAAGGCAUGUUGUUUGGGACCCUAAACCUGCGAGCCUCGGCACCUUUAUCAUCACUUCCAGAUCAAGCUUCGGAUGCAUUUUUUGUGAACAACAGUUCCUGACGAAGGAGCAAGCUAUUGUACAUGCCAUGGGGCACCACAUGACGACAAAGGACCGGAAGGUCGCAGCGACCUAUGUGUUGGAGCUUUGA